ACGCCCCCGCCGCGCCGGCCGAGCGAGGCCACAGGCAGCAGGCACCGGACACAGGUCACUGUCAUGCUUCUGGCUUGGCCGGUUUAAGGCAGGCUCCCCAGGAUGUCCCAGCUGGCCGUGCUGCUCUGGGCCGUGAGCGCUGUCUCAUGGGGGCUCUCCUGCCUGCACAUCAUCACCCCGGGAAAAUGGGGCGGGCGUCCAGCCAACUGCUCGACGCCGCUCAAGGACGUGCAGACGGGCUACGUGGUCACCCUCCACACGGCCGGCCGCAGCUGCAGCACGCAGGCUGAAUGCAACCAGGAGCUGCUGAACAUCCAGCAGCACCACAUGAACAGCAAGGGCUGGUGCAACUUGGCCUACAACUUCCUGAUCGGAGAGGACGGGAAUGUGUAUGAGGGCAGAGGCUGGAAUACCGAAGGCGCCCACACCUACGGGUACAAUGAUAUCGCCCUGGGCAUCGCCUUUAUCCGCCCCCCUCCGGCAGAGAGCGAGGCCCCGCUGCACCCGGCGCUGUACAAACGCCACUUCCUGCUGCAUGUGAGAUCGACUCAGGGGCCUGUCCCACCUCAGCGCCCAGGCAGGUUCUCUGAGCCGCGUCCCUUGCCCCGGUCUCUUUCAGGAAGGUCUCCCAACGCGGCGGCGUGGGUCGCACUGAAGCGUCUGCUGCACUUCGCGGUGGAGGCUGGCUACCUGUCCUCCAACUACCUCAUCAUGGCCCACGGGGACGUCAGCAACACCAUUUCCCCUGGGCAGCCCAUCCCCAACGUCCUCAAGACCUGGCCGCACUACAAGCACUGAGAGGCCCCCGCCGGGGC